CCCUUCUCUUUCGGAUGGACUCGCCAUCGUUCAGCGCACCUUGCUCCCAUCCCGCGCAGGUAACGGGCAGGUAACGAGCACUCGAUCGAACAGUCUCGGUGCCGCAAUUCUUCGCCUAAGCACCCCAGACGAUUGGUCUGCGCGUGUGUUGCGCCCGUGGCUUCGGUUCCUACUCCUGCUUCUGCUUCUGCUCCUGCUCCUGCUUCUACACCUGCUCUUCUCGCCCUGCCGACACUGUAGCCGCAGUACCCAUACAUCUAUCUGCCUUGCUUCCUAACUGGCCAUCUACCCCAUUCGCAUGCGAUUAUAGCCCAUUAUCAUGUCCACCAGCGCUACCACAGGUGCAGGGCCAUCCCGAUCGCAGCGCGGGUCGCUCGUCCUGCGUCCUUCUUCCUCUUCCUCUUCGUUGCGUCCACGCAGUGGCUUGGUUUCCGAGCAGGCGCACCUCGAGGAAUGCGCCCGAGGAGAUGAGGAAUAUACCACACCGCAAGAAGGGCGCAGCGACCGAGUCGCGUCCGCAAGCCUUACCAGUGCGCUCGCAUUCGCAGGCGGCAGCGGCGGCGACGCUUCGGCGACAGAAAAUGUGACUCGCGCAACGACGCCUUUCCCGCUCGCCUCCAAUCACUAUAGCCCAGUGGCUGGCGCCACCAAGUCGAGAUCGUCCUCUUGGAAAUAUCCGACCUAUGGCCAAGAGCAGCGGCACCUCGCGGACGCAUACCCGUCCUACCACCCUAAGAGCCCGUCGAUCCCGAAGUCUCCCAGCAGCGACAAGAACAAUGAAAAGGAUAGCGGAGAGUACGAGCUCCACGAAGAGAAGGAACCCCGUCAUGGCCAAGGUGUGGCGGCGCUUACUGUCACGUAUCACAAGCUGGGGGCGCGGGUUCGGUCCGCGAGGCGGAGGCGGCCGGCGCUCUUCUACGCAAUACUCGCGCUCAUCGCCGCAACAGUCCUCGUCGCCGUCAUCGCCGGCGCCGUGAUAGGCUCACGCACAUAUGCACACGACGACAGCGUACCGGACGUCGGCUCUCCGCUUGCCACAGGGCUGGUCGCGCCGGCCGGGUUCGUGUAUGCGUGGAGUAUAGCCGGCGCGCGCACGUCGUGGGAGGACGAUGCGCCGUACCUGUCGCGCCUGACGCUCAACAACACGCACCGCGUCGCGCAGCGCGCUGUCGUGGCGUGCGCGGCGCAGUGCUCGCAGCCAGUGCUCGGAUCGAUCGACGGCGGCGUGCCGUGCAACGCGUUCCAGCUCGUUCAGUUCCCUACUGCCAGCAACGAGGGCGACGUCGUCUGUGCGCUGUACGCAGCGCCCAUCGCCAAAAAGAAUGCCACCGCCUCGGUCGGCGUUGCCGGCGGCGCCGCAGGCCCCAAUGGCAUCCCCGGCGACGCGGACGACCCCGCCGACACGACCGCACCGCCCGUCAUCGCGAGCUACACGUUCCAACGCACCCACCUCAUCGGCGGCGGCAGCAGCGCCGGCGAUAACGGAACUCAGCAGCAGGCGCAGCUUUCGCCGGGCCAAGUGGCUGGUCCGUGGCGCAAAUUGCCCGCUAGCCCUGCUGGUGCAUCCUUCAUCCAGUUCCGGCCGUGUCCGCGUGUGACGAACGCGACCGUACCGAUGUUCGUCAACAAGCAGUGGGUCGACACUACUGGCGGCAGCGGCAAUGUGACUUCGAACGCCACUGUCGCCAUCGUCAUCCAGCACGGCAUCGGGCGUGACUUUCAGAAUGCCUGGGAGGGCAUCUACCCGAUCGUCGACGGCGCCAGCACCGUGCUCAUCGCGCCCAACUUCUACCUCCCGAGCGACUCCCCGCGCAUGAUGAUCACCGGCACCCUCUCCAACUGGUUCGACCCGGCGCACAACCUCGCCUGGGCCAACUUCGGUAGCUGGGUCGGCGGCGAUGAUCCGGUCGCGCCGCGCAACACCGGCAGAAGCAGCAACGGCGACAGCGGCGGCUGGCCAGGCGCGGGCGCCGCGUGCAGCACAUACAACGUCUACGACGCAAUCCGCACCGUCCUCCACAACAGCACUGCCUACCCCCGCCUGCGCACCGUCUACUGGGCCGGCCACUCGGGAGGCGGCGCGUUCGUCUCGCGCUACGCACUCGUCGCGGAUGAUGCGCCGGACGCACUUAACAUGCGAUACGUGCACGCCAACGCCCCCAGCUUCCCGUACUUUACCGCCGAUCGUCCCGGCCAGGGCCAGGGUCAGAUGCAGGUGGGCAGCUGCCAAGGGUUUAACAGCUGGAUGUACGGCCUCGACGGCGGAUUCACGCGCUAUGUCGAGGCCAAGGUCACCACGCCGCAUGACAUGUUCAAGCGCUACAUUGCCCGUGACGUCGUCGCGCUGCAAGGAGACAUGGACACGCGCUCGCGUUACCCCGUCGGCGACUACGAGUGCCAGGUCCUCGCGGAAGGAGGAGACAACCGGCGCGACCGCAACUAUGCGUGGUGGGUGUAUAAGGUCUUGCUCGCCGGCGCGCCGCUCGACGUGUCCCAGUUCGUGGGAUACUCGGUGCUCAAACCACUCGUGAGGAGCCUCAACCUUGUCCCCACUACCACCCCUGCUGCUUAUAGUGCAUCGUCCACGAGCGCUAAUGCGGGCGGCGGCGGAGCUGUCUUUAACCACCGCUUUUGCGUUGUCCCCGGCGUCGGCCACGUGGAUGAACCCAUGUGGGCCUCGACGUGCGGCAAGGCGUCGUUCAUGCCCCAAGGCCCUACGCCGGAGAUGAGCGCGCCGCCUAAUACCCCAUAGACAGCCUUACGCGCUCGCUCGCACGCGCCGCUUCGCUUUGCUUCCCGGUAUACUCAGCAUUCAUUAUGGGCCUUCUUUUUAAUGAUUGACUUGCACAUCAUACAGUCUGCCCAUCCUUCCAUUGGGACAAUGCUCACAUCAGAGGUCCAUACGCACCUACAUUGCAUUUACGUG